GGCCGGGGGAACGGCAGAGGGUCAAGACAGUCUCUGUGAACAAGGGCGAAUCGCUUGUUGGCCUACUGAGGUGAGGCCGGGAAUUUUCAGACCAACCACGGUGAACUGCAUGCGUCGCCUUGUCCUACCCUCCUCUUUUGGAGCUGGUGUUGCUGAUGUUGCUGCGUUGCAGCCAAGACCAAGUUGUCCGUCCGCCUGGGGAUGCCCAACAUUACGCCUGCUUUGCGCACGCCCUCAGGCAACGGCUUGUCCUGCCGUCCGUCGUAAACUGUGGGAAAGCCGCCGUGCAUCUCGCUCCAUAUCCCCUUCACCUUAACGAAGCCACGCCGUUUAUCAGGGUCCCAGGUCUCGUCGUAUCAGUCGCUCUGUUCCGAUCCCGAGGGCUGCCCCGCGGUGAUGUCCCUCCACCACAACAAGCUCGCUCAAGUUUGGAUAUCGCUCCAGGGACGACACGACAUUGCAGGCAUUUUGCGUGAGAUUAUCGGUCAACAGUCUAUUGAUUCAGCCCUCAACGACAAUGAUGCUGCUGAUUCGGAAUCUUCCAUAGAGGCCGUCAUCUGGAUCAAGACGAUAUUCGACUUGCAACGCUGCUACCUAAGUGGAAUCGCCAACGGUGCUGCCGAAUGCCCGCCCUAUGUCUUCUCAUAUCUGCUUCCGCCCGAGCUUCUCCUAUCUUCAAUCCUAUACCUUGUCAAUCUCAAAACUCGUCUCUUCCCAAGUCAAACGACCCUCAUCACCAAGGAAUUUACACGACCAAGGCAGAUCCUUGCCCAGACAAUCCUAUCAGGUUUGCGGCUCCUGCUGUUGAAGAAAGAGCAUGUGGCGCCUCAUGGCAAGCGAAGAUUGCAAAAGUCGAUCAACUCGGCCUGGCAGAACGACCGACUGCACGGCGUUGAGCGUUUCAUCGUCUCGGAUCUGUUUGCACAGAUUCUCGACUCGUUAGCGACGGGAGCUCAAGACCCAGCGCAUACUGUCCCUGAGAACCCGUACAUAAAUGAAUGGAGGAAUGCUAGACUGCCUACAUUCGCGGCAGGGCUCUAUCCACUGGAUAUCAGACCUGAGACAUUCGUGACGCCUCUCAUCCAUGGUACUAUGGAGGAAGACUGGAUCGAUGCGUACUGGGUCUUGUUUGACUGUCUUUGGGCAGUUGAAUGUGCAGUGGUACAGCGGCUGGUAGAUCUUCAUCGGCAUCGUGGCAUGCUCACUCAGCAAGACGCGGAUACAGAUGAUGCCUUGGAGCAUCUGUAUCACACCCGUACAAGUCUCAUCAUUUCGAUUUUCCACAUUACAGGGCCUAUGACCCCACUCCCGGCAUUGCUAGAAUCCCUUGCGCUCACACUCCUGGAUUGGAACGAGGAUAUUGACAGCUUCUUAUCAAGACAGGACUCUCUUAUGCAACAACGAUCAUCCAACCGGCCAACAGCGGCUCGGUUACCUAGUUACGGCAAACAGCUCGCAGGACUUAGACCUUACUAUGAAGCCGCCCUAACAACUUUUGCAGUCUGGCUGUGCUCUCGCAAACCUAGCCAUGAGCAAUUCACUAUUCGAAAACCAGGAAUCUUACCAGAUGACGUUGAAGAAUUAGUAAAGGACUGGAUCACUCGGAUGACGGCUACGAGCGGCGAAACACUUAGUAGGGAGCUGGACGGCCCAAUCCUGCCGGCCUAUAUUGUGGACUGCCCGAAACUGCAUGUGGUUCCUAAGAAACAUCUCGAGUACAAACUGAGAUGGUGUGACAAGUGGGCUUACGAGAGCAUCCAAGAGAAUUCUCCCAUAGUCAACUGGAAAGAAGGCGUACAUUGCCCCAGCUGUAUAUCUGGCGAGAAAAUCAGAUUUGCUCGAUUGAUAGAGCCGUUCCAGAAUCUGGCCGCUGCUCUGGAAAAUCUCCAUUCUGACGCACAGAGUGUCAGUCAAUACUCCAUAGGAGAGUCCUGUUCGUACGACGCCGCAUCUGCUUCUUUCAAUUCUGCUCCAUCAGAAUCCGACAGCGCGGCUAUAAGCUUGCCUUCGCGGUCCGCAGCUGCGAUGAGUCUUCCGUCACACAGUUCCCGUCCCAGUGCCGAAGCAGAUAUACCUACACAUGUUUCCCCGCCGGGCUACACCGAGUCCCCCAUUAGUCCGGCCUCGCCCAGUAUGAUUCAUCGAGCUCACUCGCAGGGCUCGUCUUUAUUCGAAGGCCCGGUAAGCCCCCUUAGCGAGUCUCUGGACGUACCCAUCCCCCUAGCCUCGCGGCUAUCGGUAGAUCUCCCUAUACCAGUCCGGACCCCGUCCAUAUCCGACAGCCUUCCUAGCAAUAUACCCGCAUCCGCCCCAUCGGAGAUGUCAAGCAUCAGACUGGACACGCCCUCCUCUGAUUCUAUAAGGAGCGGGCCCAGCGCAACAAAGCAAAAACCGCCCAGUCGCACUGCGCUCAGAUUCGCGAACUCGAUUCGACGAAGGACUACUACGAAAGAGAAGGAGACAUACCCGUUACCCAAGGAUCCAGCAUUUGUCUUCUCAUCCUCGGGACAUUCCUUGCUGCUCUGGGGGAGAGAUGGAAGCUACAUCGUCCGCUUUGAUAUACCUAGUAACGAUACUUCCGCCAUCCAGGGCUGUAGGUAUGACAUAUCCGACAUCGAAGCUGUCGCAGCUGGGAACCAUAAAUGCGCUAUAAUGACAGCCAGUGGAAGGGAACACAUGAGUCACCACUUGACCGUCUAUGACGGCAUGAAACUAUCUUCGGCGUAUAAAAUUGAUAUCGAGUUCCAGGGACACGCGAAAAAUAUCUGCCUUGCCGUGUCUCGCAACGAUAGAUACGCAGCUGUUUCGAUAAACGACCAUAUCGAGAUAUUCCGUCUAGAAGAUGACGGCAUCAAAGUUGUUCCAUUCCAUCACCAGAUCCACGUCUACGAGAUGAGAGGAGGAAUCUCCCACCGCCGCACCAUCCCAAUGGGCAGAACGACAAGCCAGGACUCCGUGACGGAGCCGGAUAGCACCGAAGCAUGCUGGUUCGGCGUUCAGCAGAAAGGCCUCAGCUCCAAAGAAGCCGCCGAGGAACAGAUGCGCCAGUCGGCCAUCAUAUCGCGAAAACUGUACUUUUCACCCGACAGCACACGUCUCGCCGUAGCUACGCAGCUCGGCGACCAUUGUGUCUACGUCGACGUCUGGGACUGCACACGCGAGCCCGUCAGCACCAUAUCCGAGCACUCCCGCUCCUUCAGUAUGCCUCCAUGGACGCUCAAUGACGGCGACUUGACGUCCGUAUUCUACGAUUCACAACGCAGGUGCGCGCUAGUGACAGCGUUUCUGGGGAAGGAAUACCCAAUGUUGAUACCGUUUCCUGGAUAUGAUACCCUUCAAAACGAAACAUACAGCACGAAGAUUGUGCACGCCGCACAGUCCCCGUCAGGUGCUUCUCUCGUCGUCGCCAACGCCAUGACCGAGGUCAUCCACUUCGAAUAUACCGUCAAGUCGACACUAUCUCCCAGGAAACUGAAACGAUCCGCGUCAAAGAUACCACAUAGCGUUUUCAAGCCCGGCGCCAUUGCCAUGGCUAUGCCACUGGAGAACAUUCUGCAGUGCUUCUGGAUCAAAGACGGGAGAUGUAUGCUCAGGACGAUAAGAGUGGGAGAGAAUGAGGGAUAUAGAGAAGUGGAUCUUAGAAGUAAUUUCGAGAGGUUGAUGGGGUUGAAGAGGAAUCCCGUGGUUGCGAGGGCGCCGAGUCUAAUGAUUCCUGAGAUGGAGGGGGAUUAGGUGGUUGGGGGGGGU